CCUUCAAAAAUGGCAUACCAACAAACUGCGUCAUCUCCAAAAUGUCCCCGCUUUCUUAUUCUUCUAGUCAUCACUGUAUUUUGUUGUUGUUUUGCAACAGCAAAAACCCAGAAGAGUUUAGAAAGAGGCGCUUCUUUUUCAGUUGAAGAUGAUUCUGGUUUCCUAACUUCCCCAGAUAAGUCUUUUACAUGUGGGUUCUAUGGGGUGGGCACAAAUGCCUACUGGUUCUCCAUUUGGUUCACAAAUUCCGAGAACAAGACCCUUGUUUGGAUGGCUAACAGAGACAGACCUGUCAAUGCUUUGGGGUCCAGAGUUUCACUGAGUCGAGAUGGCACCAUGGUCUUGACUGAUGUGGACGGCAAAAUUGUCUGGGAGAGCAGCACCAACUCAACUCCCACUGGUGCUGAAAGGGCGGAGCUUUUGAAUUCUGGCAACCUUGUUUUGAAAAACCCACUAGGUAAAAUUCUCUGGCAAAGCUUUGAUUUUCCCACUGAUACUCUCCUCCCAAAGCAACCCUUUACAAAGACCAUGAAGCUGACAUCUAGUUUGGGAAGAGGCAACUUUGGUACUGGAUAUUUUAGUUUCUAUUUUGAUAAUGACAAUGUUUUGAGGUUGAUUUAUGAUGGUCCUGACAUAUCAAGUGUGUAUUGGCCUGGGCCUGGUUUGAGUGUAUAUCAGAAUGGUAGAACAGACUACAAUAGUAGUAGAAUUGCUGUUUUUGAUGAAAUGGGCAAUUUUGUAUCCAGUGAUGGCUUGAUAUUCAGUGCUUCUGACAUGGGUGCAAGGGUGAAACGGAGGUUGACAACGGAUUAUGAUGGAAACCUGAGACUUUAUAGUCUAAACUCGACAGGAUCAUGGGUGAUCACCUGGGAAGCUCUGGCACAGCAGUGCAGGGUGCAUGGGAUCUGUGGGAGAAAUGGGAUUUGUGUUUAUACACCAGAGCUUAAGUGCUCAUGCCUUCCUGGCUAUGAGGCAGUGGAUAUAAGUAACUGGAACAAGGGUUGCAAGCCUAAGUUCAAGCCUACAUGCUCUCAGUCCCAGAGAGUGAAAUUCAAGCAGAUUCAGUAUGUAGAUUUCUAUGGAUUUGAUCUCAAUUACAGUGAAUCCACUUCCAUUCAGAAUUGCACAAAACUCUGUGUCGAGGAUUGCCGUUGUGAAGCAUUUGUCUAUAGGGGACAGAAGUGUUACACAAAAGGUGCUCUCUUCAGUGGGCUCAGGUCUCCAACUAUCGAGGGCAGUCUGUACUUAAGGCUGCCUGAGCCUCUGAGUAUGGAAACCUCACCAGCGGCCAAUCUCACUGUAUUUAAUUCAUGCAGGACUAAUGCUGUUAAAAUAGGUACUUCUUCAAUGUAUGACCAUCCCAGUAAAACGGUGAGAUGGGUAUAUCUGUAUUCUUUUGCUGCUGCAAUCGGUGCUGUUGAAUUUCUCUUCAUAUUAUCAGGUUGGUGGUUACUUUUCAGAAGAUCACAAGGUAUGUCAGCUCCCUUGGUAGAUAAAUAUCGCUUGAUUUCAAGUAACUUUAGAAUGUAUCUCUAUGCUGAGCUGAAGAAAGCAACCAGAAACUUCAAGGAAGAACUGGGAAGAGGGGGUUCUGGGACUGUAUAUAAGGGUGUUCUGGCCGAUGAAAGAGUGGUAGCUGUCAAGGCAUUGGCGGAUAUUUAUCAAGCGGAAGAAGUAUUUUGGGCAGAAGUCAGCACAAUUGAAAAAAUCAAUCACAUGAACCUAGUGAGAACAUGGGGAUUCUGUUCUGAAGGUAAACACAGACUUCUGAUCUCUGAAUAUGUUGAAAAUGGAUCCUUGGAUAAGCACUUGUUUCCCCCAAAUUUUCUUGGAUGGAAAGAGAGGUUCAAAGUUGCAAUAGGGAUAGCUAAAGGUUUAGCCUAUCUUCACCAUGAGUGUCUAGAAUGGGUUAUCCAUUGUGAUGUGAAGCCUGAAAAUAUACUCCUAGACAGUAAUUUUGAACCAAAGAUUGCAGAUUUUGGGCUGGCAAAGUUAUUCGAGAGAGGCGGCCUCAAUGCAGUGUCCUCUCACAUUCGAGGAACAAAAGGGUACAUGGCCCCGGAGUGGGCUCUGAACCUUUCAAUCACAGCAAAAGUGGAUGUUUACAGUUAUGGUGUAGUGCUUCUAGAGAUAGUGAAGGGCAUUCGACUUUCGAAUCGGGUGGUGGAGAAUGCUGAGGAGGAAGAAGCAGAGAUGAAGAGGUUUGUCAGGAUAGCCAGAAGGAAAAUUCAAUGUGGGGAAGAUGAAUGGAUAGAGGAUAUGUUGGAUCCAAGAUUGGAAGGGCAAUUCAGCAUGAACCAAGCAGCAAAGAUGGUUGAGAUUGGUAUUUCCUGUGUGGAGGAAGAUAGGAACAAAAGACCAACAAUGGAUUCAGUAGUGCAAAUGUUGCUAGAAUGUGAAGAGGAAUCCAACAUUCAGUAGUAAUUGCAUUUAAGAUGUAUGCUGUAAGUAAUGUUUCUUUUUGAAUAACAAAUGUUUACUUGAACUGUAUUGUGUAUUCGUCUACAAAUGAGUGAUAAAAUAUAGAUUAUAAU